GGCGAAAACCACUGACUUCCGGCCAGGCCGUUGUCUGGGUGGCGCGGUCGAGUCAUCGCUGGGCCUCACCGCUUCGUUCUCCCGACCCUCCCCGCGCCCUGGCGCGGGGGGUCGACUAGCCAAGUGAGGCGGGAGGCGACUCGGACCUUUCCCUGCAUUUCGUUUCGGCCAGUGCCGGGGGCUACCCGCCCUGGGGCCUGGGAUCCUUGGGGUCCGUGAGGCCCACUCUUAGCGGCCGGGGCCUACCGCGGCCCGCCGCCGGCCCUCAUGAGGCAUAGCCUGACUAAGCUGCUGGCAGCCUCGGGCAGCAACUCCCCAACCCGCAGUGAGAGCCCAGCCCCGGCUGCAACCUGCUCGCUGCCCUCGGACCUCACCCGGGCGGCAGCGGGGGAGGAGGAGACGGCGGCGGCCGGAUCUCCCGGCCGCAAGCAGCAGCUCGGCGACGAAGGGGAGUUGGAAGCCGGGAGGGGGAGCCGCGGCGGGGUGGCCGUGCGCGCGCCCUCGCCCGAGGAGAUGGAGGAGGAAGCGAUCGCCAGCCUCCCCGGAGAAGAGACGGAGGAUAUGGACUUUCUGUCUGGGCUGGAACUGGCGGAUCUCCUGGACCCCCGGCAACCGGACUGGCACCUGGACCCCGGGCUUAGCUCGCCGGGGCCUCUCUCCUCGUCUGGCGGAGGCUCGGAUAGCGGCGGCCUGUGGAGAGGGGAGGAUGACGAUGAGGCCGCGGCUGCUGAAAUGCAGCGCUUCUCUGACCUGCUGCAAAGGCUGUUAAACGGUAUCGGAGGCUGCAGCAGCAGCAGUGACAGUGGCAUCGCCGAAAAGAGGCGGAAAAAGUCCCCAGGAGGAGGCGGCGGUGGCGGCAGCGGUAACGACAACAACCAGGCGGCGACAAAGAGUCCCCGGAAGGCGGCGGCGGCCGCUGCCCGCCUUAAUCGGCUGAAGAAGAAGGAGUACGUGAUGGGGCUGGAGAGUCGAGUCCGGGGUCUGGCAGCCGAGAACCAGGAACUGCGGGCCGAGAAUCGGGAGCUGGGCAAACGCGUACAGGCACUGCAGGAGGAGAGUCGCUACCUACGGGCAGUCUUAGCCAACGAGACUGGACUGGCUCGCUUGCUGAGCCGGCUGAGCGGCGUGGGACUGCGGCUGACCACCUCGCUCUUCAGAGACUCGCCCGCCGGUGACCACGACUACGCUCUGCCGGUGGGAAAGCAGAAGCAGGACCUGCUGGAAGAGGACGACUCGGCGGGAGGAGUCUGUCUCCAUGUGGACAAGGAUAAGGUGUCGGUGGAGUUCUGCUCGGCGUGCGCCCGGAAGGCGUCGUCUUCUCUUAAAAUGUAGGGUCAAGUAAUCUGCUCUUUAUCCGCGUUUACCCCUUUCAACUCCCUUACACCAUGUCAAACUUACCUUAGUGGGACAUCUUCACCGGACACAUUUCAGAGGAGAGAAAAAAAGUAAUAUUGAAUCUUAAAGUGUUUAGCUAAAAGCAUGAAUGUGACACAGUAACCAACUCCUAAUGAUAACAUGUGACUAUUAAAUCUCUCUGACAGUUUCUUUUUUAGGUGAUUUCCUUCCUGCCAGGCUCCGUUGUAGGGGUUACAGAACAGUCGUUCCCGCCUCACAUCCUGACUUGCGUGUACCUAGCUCUUCUGUCCCCAGUGUGGACAUGGCCUUGGAUGACAUCGGUUCCAACUGUACACUGAAACCUGCUUAUAGAGAUACAGUUUGGAGACAGUGAAACAGGUGAAGUUGAAUGGAAGUUCCGAGUUGUACAAGGUGCAAAUUGGAAUUCCGAUUUUAGGGCAACUUUUCAGAGGUUGACAAUAAGUAUUUGGGGCAUGCACAAAUGUGAUAGUUAUUUUGCUGGAGGUGACAGGUAUCUCUGAAAUAUCAAUGCCUUUUAGUUUUCAGUAGGAGAUAUAGAAACAGUCUAUACGGAGUAACAGAUUUUAGUAUCUCACCAUUAGAGAAGUUGGAAAUUAACAUGCAUAUCAGAUUCCUGUGUUUUAGUUAAUUGGAGAAUAAGAAUGGUUAAUAUUUCUUUGAGGACCAGCAGUGAUUACCCUAUCACUGAGUAUGAAUAAAUUGUUGAACAUCUUUAUUUUUGUUGUACUAAAAUUUUAGGUUAAAUUUAUAUAUGUAUGAUUAGAUAUUGAAGGUUGUGAAAUGUGAAUGAAAACGUGUAAAGUGAGGCUUCACAAAGAAUCUUAUUCUCUGUAUUUCAAAAGUAUUUGUCCUAUUUUAGAAUAAUUUUUUAAAUUGAGUGGUUCUGGCCACUUAAAUAACACGAUUGGCACUAUUUUCCCAAAGGUGGGAUUUAUUCUUCCCUUGAAUCUAUUAACCAGUUGUAUAAAUUUGAGUUAUGGUGUCCUUCAGUGUAAGAGGCAUUAAGAAAUUCUUUGUGAAACGUCACUGCUUGAUAAAGUAUAUACGUAUUUAGCAUCCUUGUUUUUCUUUGUGCUAAAGUGGAUACAGCUGUUGGGGCAGAAGAGACGGGACCAGCUGCUGGCCACAUUUCCUGCUUUAUUUUAAAAGGUAGUAUAAGAAAUGAGGAAAAAGAGGUAAUAUCAGGGCUUCUGCUGUUUUUUAUUUUUAAAAUGUUCAUAAUUAAGAAGUAUUUUCCAGCAGUCCAAAGAUGUAAGUUAUCUUACACAUAAAAUGUUUUAUUUUGUUGUUAUUUGGUUAUGAAAAUGGAAUCCUUGUUCUUGCACAACUGUAAAUGUUUUGUUGCUAGAUAAUACGAUUUGAGACCUGAAUUGGUCUUUGGUUUCCAGUGCAUCACAGCAUAUUUUGUAAAAUCAUCUACUACUGCACUUGAGCAUGAUGGGUAGUAGCCAAACUCACAACUUGGAGUGAUGAACCUGCUUAUACCUAAGGGCAGGAGCAAGCCCCUCACAAUGCAGCUGCAUGGGUUUUUAGUGCCUACUGAAUUUUAUAUAUAUAUACAUAUAUAUAAACCAAAAGUAGUUGGAAAGAUUAUUUGAAAUGACUAAUUUGUGCUAUCUUUAUGAAAUAUGUUAAAUGUAGCUUUUUUGAAACAGAAGCCUUGAAUUGAAAUUUAACUAAUACUUGAACAUUUUGUAUAUAUUUCUUUGUAUAUAAUUUUGUGCAGUACCAAUGACAAAAAUAUGGUGUCAUAAUAAAACCAGGUUUGUUGAUCUUUUAGUUAUGGGCUCAAAGAAUUUAUUCAUCUCUAACAUGACAUUGGAAAAUAAUGGAUGAAAAUAGGAAAAAUGAUUGUUGUUAAUGCUGACUGUGGGUCUUAAAAGGUUCUGGAAAGCAGGAAGUUCAUUUUUCUAAAAACUAGAGCAUUCUCUUGGAAUAUUUUCUUCCUUACGUCAAUACUUUUCCUGCAUUAUUUGAAGUUGUGGGCUGGGGAGAAACAGCAGUCAAAGCUUUCUGAAUUGAGAUGCUUUGAAAUUCCAAGUGUAGAUUUUUAGAAUGUCAUUUUAUAAAUGGCAGUUUUUGGAAUUACUUGAUAAAGAACUUUUGAAAAUGGAAAGAUUAGUAUGGCCUAUUUUUAAAGCUGCUUUGUUAGGUUCCUUAUGUUUUAUUAACUGUCUUUUCUCAGUUUCCAUUUCAUUUUUUUUUCUAGUUUUGGUGACUUAGUGAUUUUGUCAUUUUUUACAUCAACUUCAUGGUCUUGUUUUUACAUGGUAAUUGCAUGUAUUUAGGAUCUAUCUAAUAGGGGCUUUAAAUAAAUUUGGUCAUAUUUAUGUGUAAGCACAUUUUACUGUAAAUGUUUGGGUUUCUGAAUUUAAACAGAUCUGUUUAUUUCAGUAUGUAGUAAACAAUAUCUUAAAGUGUCCGACUCACUACUUGUUAAUUAAAAAAGUUAUGAUUAAUGUGAAACUGUUGUCUUACUAUUUUUAGACAAUUGUGUUCUGGAUGAUUAGCACAUGGAUAAAGGAGAUUUCUGGCAUAUAAAAUGGAUUGUUUUUGAAAUUUCUAGGUUUGGCUCUAUUUACUAUAAUGAUUGAAAACAAUUUAGUAUUUGGGUGACCCUUUUGUUUUUCUUCUAAAUGUGCCUCUAUGGUAGAAUACAGAACUAGACUAAAGACGUAGCUUUUUAAUAUUUGUCUUCGAUGGUGGCAGGAGUUCAUACAUUAAUUGAACUAACACAUCAUAUUUUGACCUACUAUUUCUAUCAUAUUGACUUACUGUUUCUGCACUUCCUUGACCAGACUUAUCUUAAAAAGUCCACUUUCGUUAAAACAUAGUCACACCUGAUAUAAUCCAACAAAAAGUGUUCAAAAUAUUUUAAAUAUUUGUGCAUUUUAUAAUCACUAAAUUAAUCUCUCUCUCUUCUCUUUAAACAGCUUAGCAGUGUCUGCAAAAACGAAUCUUUUCCUACAACCUGUUAACUGACUGGACUGAUGGUAACAAAGUAAUUGUGAGAGCCAUGUCGGUCAAAAAUUUGGCAUCUGCUGAAAAAAAUGAAUGCCAUUUUCAAGUUCCCAAAUUACUUCUAUACUGAUUUCACUUUCCAGAAAUGGAGAUAUGAAAAGAUUCUCUGGAAUCCUUGAAAGACUUAAUAGAGAUACAUGAGACUAAGUUAAUCUUGGAAAAAAAUUACACUUUUUUUGUCUUUCAUGGGAGUGAUACUCAGUUAUUGCAUAUCUUUACAAAAUUGUAACCGUUGGAGAAUUACAGUAUUUCAUCAAGAAAUUAAUUAGAGUUUUUAAAUAAUCAAGAGCAUAUUCUAUGGAAUUAACAUUUAGUGGACUAGAAUUACAUAAGCAGGCCAUCAGUGAUCACAAGGCAUAUGAGUUUGUAUUUAUUUCCUGGAACAUGAGAGGUAAUUUGGAGUACAGACAGACACCCUGCUGAGUAGAAUAUAAAAGUUAAUGUAAAGUUCUGAACGAUAAAGAGUAGUCCUUUUAAAUAGAUGCAUUGAUUUGUAUAUCUCUGAAAAAGUUGAUUAUGAUUAAAUGUGUGGGUAGUUAAUUAAAAUUUAGGGUAACAACCAGGAUGUAUGGAUUCUGAGGUUUUGGCUUCUUGAGCUUUCUCUUGAGUACUUGAUACUGUUUUUUGAAUAUUUUGAGGUUUCUAAUUAAUGGUAUGCUAGUUUCUACUGUUUUAUAUAAAAAUUUAUCUAGUGUUGUAUAAGGGCUUUAGUAUUCUGGAUGAUGGGAGUGGCUUUUUGUGGCAUAUCGUUGUUUUACUUAAUUGAAAUAUUUUUUCAGUUUAUUACAAGUGUGAAAAAAACACUCAAAACUCUGGAUUGUUUUAUUUCAUUUUUGUUGGAUUAUGUUAAUACAUUCCUUCACCUGGUUUAGAUUGAGUCAUUUUAUCUUACUCAUUUGGGAGAUGUGCAGCUGAUAGAAGAGGGAUUGGGUAGGAGAUUGGCUCUUACUUCAUAAUAAAUACAUAGUUGGUUAUUGUAUUAUUCAAAACUUAUUAAAUCCAGUCAGUUUCUUAUAAUUUUAAGUGUAUUCGGUGCCUGUGAAGCCAGGCAGCCAGGAGUAUUCCCACUGGCGUAAAACUUAAGUGCUGAUGCUCCCACAGUACAGCUAGUUAUAAUUCCAGAACCAAAGGCACCAACGUGAUUUGGUGACCUUAACUACUACUUUGAUAGAACAGACUGGGUAAUUUACUGAUAAUGAGUCAUUAUCUUUUUAAUAUGUGAUUACCUAGUUCAGCAUUCUGAAUGUGUAGUUUAAGGUCUCUCUGAUUUAGUAAAAUUUUAAAGCUAAAUAAUCUGAUGACUCCUGAAAGUUUAAUUGGUAGUAUGACAUUUAUAAGUGAUUUUUCCCCCAGACUCACAGCCAAUACAAAGUUUUGAGACUCUAGUAAAUGUUAAUAUUUUUGCUGUUUUUCUGAGCUGUUUUUUUUAUUUACUUACUAUCUAAUCUAGGGACCAAAAAGGGAAUUCUUCCAUUAGAAAUUUGUAGUGUUAUGUUUGGCCAGCACAGUAUUUUUCAGAUUUGAAUUUCAGUACCUUUAUGUGUAGCCUCAGUACUCUCAACACCAGUCACUCUUUAUUGUCUUAAAAUACUCCAUACUUUUUGUUGACCCAAAAUUGUUGAAUAUUUUGCUCAGUUUUCACAAUGAACUAAUUGAAAAGUGUAGUUACUGUGUUGUAAACCUUUGUGUAGUUCUGUUAAUAUACUGAUUUGGAUUUUAUUUAUCUCAACUUCCUUUAGCGUCUGCCUCCAAAUUUUGUCUUUGCUGUAUACCCACUGAGAUCUAUUUCCUAGACCCCUCUGGCUCUUAGUGUACUAUGGUUUGGGCUUUAUAAAAUAUAUUAUUGUCUUAAUUUAAA